UAUAAGGUUCGUAGAAUUUAUUCAAAGGACACGAAAAUACUGAAAGGUACAGCUUCGACCACCUCAAAUUCCAUCAAAAGACAUGAAAACAUCGAAAGGUACAAAAACACAGAAACGCUCCUCCUUGUUAAGGAUAAAAUGCCAAUAGCGUGGGCUCACUUGAAGGCAGCAGUGAACCGAUCUCAGCCAACAAACACGCAAUCAACCAUAAUGCAUCCAGGAAGAAGCAAAUUGAUGAUAUUUCUUUAAAAGCUAGGUGCUCUAUCUAAUUGUUGUCAUGGCGAGACCUCGAUUUCCACUACACAUUAUCCCCCCGCAGGCAACCAUGAGGCUGCUGAGGCAAAAGAGGCUAGGCCCUUUGUUAUGCUAAACAUUGAACAGUUUGAGUAUGUUCGAUUGCAUACAUCUCUUUGUGAAGCCUGUUCAAUCGCUCAUAUCUCUUCGUCAAGUCCCUUUCAGUCGUUCUCAUUCGGGGUUUCUCAUCCGGGGUCUCUCCAUGUCCACGCCCACCAAGAAGAGGACUGUAUUCUAACAGAGGGUUCACGGAAACCAAAGCUGACACGUCCUCGUUUCACUCCCUCAUAAAAGGAAACCAUUAUUCAAUUUAAAGCUAGCUGUCAAAGCGCGGGAAGGUCGUUCUUAUAUCGCAGAAUCUAUCAGUCACCAUGAAAUUCGAGAAACCUCCGCUUUAACGGAUUAGAAUAGGAUUUUCUCAAUAUAAGACUGGGUUUGAUUAUUUUGAUAUAUGACGAUGCACUUUUCUCAAUAUAAGACCUAUGAAGUCUUUCAUUUUAUUGCUCUUGUAGCACGAUUCACAAGCAAAAAAAUGCAAAACACUUCACCGUUUGGGCUUGAAAAUCUCGUAAAACUCUAAUUUACGCAAUAGCCUCCCUUAACCGAUAUUCAUUUAUUAAAGUGCACAAUAAAGGUGAUUGAUAAGCUAAGAAAAUACGGAAUAUGGGCGUACUCCUUGGAAACGUCACAUCAAGACACAGUAAGAGAAGUGAACAAACAGUUUUCGAAACUCAGGAACUCAAACUUAGACAGAGAUAUCGACCGUCGAAUCACAUCUCCACUCAAUUCCCUUUAUUGCGGAAUAGUCCGAGGUGGUAAGAGUCGAAUAAGCGUUUUCAAACAGGCGGCGGAAGAAUAAGUAAAGGAGGCUCACACGACAAUUACAAACACACGACUCAUUAGCAACGACACACUUUCAAGCGUCGGGAAACCGCUUUGAUUUAGCAGCUUUAUUAGUAAACAUGUCGCGACUGUUUGAAUGCCUCACAAGGAAAAAAAAAAAGAUUCACUCUAUUUGCAAAGGGUUACCGCAAUCAAACGAAGUUAGAGUCUUUUGUGUUUCCUAAUCGGUCUCAAUUAGAAGAUGUAUUGCUCGUGAACCGUACUUAAUGUCACUAGGACUCUUUAAGGCAAACUUGGAUCGUCCCAUUAGAAUGAAAGGGUUAUUAAAAAUACCCUUAAGGACCAGACGUGGCAAAGUACUCCAUAAGACAUGUGGGAUUAAUACCUUGACUAUCGUCACUAUAGUAACUUACGGCAGAAAGCAUCCUUAAUGUCGCUAGUAUCUACGGCAGUAUCAUAAGACGGCGUCUAAUGCGCUAGACUACUAUCUAAAGAGACCGCAGUUCUACUAAUGAAAUAAAAUGAAACAAUCCCUCUUGGCUCGUUAGUCACCAAACACUAGGAUUUAUUAACAAAAAUGUGAUAAAAGCAAUAUCCGUACACAGACAAUUUUAAAGUAACAUUAAAAUCUAGAGAUAAAUCGUUCGAACACUGUUGGUGCUUGGACAUUCAUUGCCAGACUGAUCCGGUUAGUCGAUAUUGCGGCUGAUAUUUGUCGUUUGCUUCCCGCCUUUCCGAUAUUCGUUGGUUUGCUUUUCGCCUUGCUCGCGCCAUAAGCAACACACCCGGUGCAUCUCGAUGACAUCUCAACAAGGAAGUCGCAAAAGUGUCAAGGGACCAAAUACAGUCUUGCUCAGCCAAACGCAGAUCUGUACAGAUCUCAAACGUGCAGUAAAAUCUAUGUUCUCUCUAUUAACGGUCAAUGAGCCGGUCGGUUCAAAUUACUCAUUGACAGAGCCUAGGCUACCUGUGAAAAGACUGGUGGGCCUCCGAACUAUUAACAGCGUUGGCUCGUUUGAGCUCACUGAACUAUAAACAGCGUUGACUCGUUUGGGGCUCACUGAACUAUUAACAGCGUUGGCUCGUUUGGACUCACUGAACUAUUAACAGCGUUGACUCGUUUGGGCUCACUGAACUAUUAGCAGCGUUGACUCGUUUGGACUCACUGAACUAUUAACAGCGUUGCCUCGUUUGGGCUCACUGAACUAUUAACAGUGUCAACUCGUCUGGGGCUCACUGAGACUAUUAACAGCGUUGACUCGUUUGGGAUAACUGAACUAUUAACAGCGUUGACUCGUUUGGGCUCACUGAACUAUUAACAGCGUUGCCUCGUUUGGACUCACUGAACUAUUAACAGCGCUGACUCGUUUGGACUCACUGAACUAUUAGCAGCGUUGACUCGUUUGGACUCACUGAACUAUUAACAGCGUUGCCUCGUUUGGGCUCACUGAACUAUUAACAGCGUUGCCUCGUUUGGGCUCACUGAACUAUUAACAGUGUCAACUCGUCUGGGGCUCACUGAACUAUUAACAGCGCUGACUCGUUUGGGGCUCACUGAACUAUUAACAGCGUUGCCUCGUUUGGACUCACUGAACUAUUAACAGCGUUGCCUCGUUUGGGCUCACUGAACUAUUAACAGCGUUGCCUCGUUUGGGCUCACUGAACUAUUAACAGUGUCAACUCGUCUGGGGCUCACUGAACUAUUAACAGUGUUGACUUGUUUGGGCUCACUGAAUUAUUAACAGUGUCAACUCGUUUGGGGUUCACUGGGCUAUUAACAGUGUUGACUUGUUUGGGCUCACUGAACUCACUCGUUAGGGCUUGUUGUCUAUUCUUGGUUUAGUUGCACAUAAACUUUUGAAGAUCGAUGAUAAAAAAGCAUAUUAGGGUUAGAUUAAUUUGACGGGAAAUCAAAGAAUAGAAACCGCUAGAACGUGAUCGUUAGAGGCAAAUACAAGAAAAUGAACUGGAAAGAGAGAUAAUCGAAUAAGGAAACGAACCAGGAUGUGUUUUCACGCUUCUAUUGUCAUUCUGUAACGCGCGCUAUGCCAUCUGAAGCAAACAAUGAAACACGUACAAGGAGAUCUGCUAUCUGGGAAGCCUGAGGCUGUGAAAGGAAUGUACUAACAGUAUAGUCAGCCUGACACUCCGCAGCAGGGGGACCGUACGAUAGUCUAUCCUGAAUGAAUCUACUAGGGAUGUAAAAUAAAUGUAAAUAAUGGCGCGUAUUAAAUGCAAAAUAGAUUAUGUCUCGUAGCAGGGGCAAAUUUUAAAUAGAAAACACUGGAAAAAUCUAGUGAGAAUAAAAAUAAUACCUGCGUGAAUUCUCCCAAGAAUAAGAUGCUAAAUCCUCCGUCCUUUGUGAACCAAGUGGAAAGCUGUUUAUCUAGAUAAAUGUGAGGCAAGUAAAAAAGUAGUAGAAAUGAAAGAAUGGGAAUUCUAGCAUUUUUGAAUUACUGUCAGAUGAAAAAGUACUCGUCUGUGCUAGUACAAAAUCGGGUAAAAAUGGUAAUCAUGGAAUAUAAGGAACCAAUAAUGCGGCUUUUACAGUAAUAACCGUUUUGUAAGAAAAAAAAACAAUUUCCAUGGUAAAAAAUAUAGGAAAAAAUAUAUAUCUAUAAAAUGAUACGUAAGUCCAUUUAUAUGUCCACUUACAUGGUUGGAAUUAUCUUUUCUGAAAUACUCUCUGAAAAAUUAACAAAAGCUGGUGGUGCUCCUUAGCAUACUCUUAAACCAGUUAAUGCAUAAAUCACAGUAUGCUAAGGUAAGAAUCUCGACGAGACAUUUGGAAAGCGCUAGAAGUCACAUGUUAUCAUUUGCGCCCAUCACACCAAGGCGAGAAACUCCGGUCAGGAGAGAAAAGUGCACAAAACACGAACACAAGCUAAAAAAAAAACACAAAACAAAUAAAAGGAAAGGAAAUUUCGCUGAAGAAAUAAAAAAUAAAAUAGAAAUAAGUAGCACUGAGAUAAAGGAAAGUUCGAGAGCAAAUAUCAGUAAUAGAAUAGGAGGGGCCUGUCAACUGAUAGUCCAGCAUAAUCCAACAUGUUCCAUAUGGAAAAUGAGAGCAAAGAUAGCCGGCUAAAGGGCGAAUCAUUCGCUUAAAAAGGCAACGCUCAAGGCUGUUUGAACUCGGGGUUUUUCACGCUAAUUGACAAAUUACGCAUUUUCGAUGGUGUGUUGUGAUGUGAUCGCAUAAACAUAGAGUGGUCAAUAUGCGGUAUUUUUCUGCCGAUAGGGAAUGUGAAUUCUUAGAACAGCUGUCUGAAAAACAUCCAUCAGAUAUUGGACUGCGGAAGUAGCGUGAUUAUAGAGAGGUUUUGCAAGCCGUAGAGCGCUAUCGCAUUCCUGUCUAGAUAUUCCCAGAGAUGGCUGAGUAAAUAGCUGCGAGGGAUAUCCGCCAUCUAUGAGCAGUCCGGAUAGAGCUAUCACACAGGAAGACUCGCGCAAAAAUUGAACAUAGCGAGAAGCCAUUCCAAACACCUUUCCAAGCAACAAUAUCAUCGCUUGAUGAAAGACGUUGUAAUCUAAUAGCUCGGGAUAAAAUACUCAUAAAUACGCAAGGAAAUGAAGACAUAAUUUGAUCUACUGGAGAUCAGAUGAAGUCAUAAAAGGAACAAGCUAAUGUUGAAAUCAAAUGUAACUGAUGAUUUGGAGUAGAACCUGCUAAAAAAUCCAAAAACAGCUGUACUCUGACAACGGUAAGAGCUCGCCUUUAGACAAGAGAGUUCAACCGAUCGCGCGCCGGAUUAACCAGAGAUUGUGAAUUCUGAACACGAGAAGGGCUCAGUGAAAAGUAAAGUAAAAGUUAUUCGUUGUUAGGUGCGCACUCGAUCAUCCGGGAACUUUACGCUUUCUGGCGGGAAAAAAGGGCAAUAUCGUCGAUCUUUUUGUAAGGUUUAGUGAUAAGCACAUCACUAAGUAGCCGGGAUCUUAGGGAUUGCCGCAUCAUGAUGGAAGGGAACAUUAGCGAGGUUUGGAACUGGACCGAUGAAGGAUACAAAGAUGAAGAAGGCAUGAAAGACAUGGCUCCACCCGGGUUCAGCACGGCGGUUGACACACUACCCAUCAUCCUUAGCGUGCUGAUAGUCAUCGCCAAUUUGCUGGUCAUGGUCCUUGUCGCGCUUAACCGCCGACUGAGGACGCUGACCAACGCGUUCCUGGUCAGUCUGGCCGUGUCUGACCUGGUCACGGGUGCCGUCGUCAUCCCGCUCAACCUUGUGUGCUCGUGCACCUACGAUGCCAUGGUCUGCACCAUCACGCCCAUCACGUGGCGAUUCACGUCCAUCUCCUCCGUGCUUCACCUAAUGGUGGUCACCGCUGAUCGGUACGCCGCCAUCGUGUACGCCAUCCGUUACACCACCAUCAUCACCAAGUCCUUCGCGCUCAUCAGUACCGCGCUGAUCUGGGCCUGCUCGUUAUUCAUGGCGCUGAUACAGUUCGCGUGGUGGCCGAAGAACAUCGAGAGCAUGACGGAGGAGCAGAAGGCGGCGGCGGAGGACAGGUCUGCGCAGGCGCAAGCCAUCUACCAUCUCGUCACGCUCGCCCUGUUCUUCGCCAUACCCUUCGUUCUGCUUAUCUUCUCUUACAUACGAAUCUUUAUGAUCGUGCGUUACCACGAGCAACAGAUCAAGAAGGUCAACCGUCCCGCUGGCCUCCUUAUUCCCGAGGAGAAGAAAUCCAAGAGCUUCAACAUCCAGGCUCAGUGGAAGUCUGCCAUUAUCUUCCUUGUGAUGGUCAUCGUGUUUGCUGUUUGCUGGCUUCCCUACUACAUGCACGGACUCAACGAGAUCAUACAGCUCUACAACCUGCCCCACUGGGCCGAGUACGUGUUCUUUUACUACCCGCGCUUCUUUACCUCGUUAGCAAACCCCGUCCUUUACAUCCUGGGCAAGCACGACUUCAAGAAAGCUCUUUUCCCACCAAAACCCGAGUCGAGGACACAGACAACGUCACUAGAGCACCGCGCCUCUAACGCCAAGUCCUCUUUGAUGUAGUGAUCACGUGAUCUGAAUGCGAACACGCAAUUGGACACAAUUGAUAGCGGGAUCAUGUGAACACACAUUAUACAAACUGGACAAAAAGUUCGCCAUGUGUUAAUGUGAACACACAUUGUACAAAUUGAAACACAAAGUUCGCCAUGUGAUAAUGUGAACAAACAUCGUACAAACUGGAACACAAAGUUCGACAUGUGAUAAUGUGAACAAACAUCGUACAAACUGGAACACCGAGUUCGCCAUGUGAUAAUGUUAACACGGAUUGUACAAAUUGGAACACAGCAUUCACCAUGAUUAAUGUGAACACACAUUGUACAAACUGGAACACCGAGUUCGCCAUGUGAUAAUGUGCUGUUUUAAGGCAUAACUGGCUCAUCGCACGAAAAACUCAAGUAAAAGUUGCUCGUGUGGAUAGCACGUCUACAGGAACGACUAGAAUUGUCAAGAAAUACUUAAGGCACGCGAAAACAUGUACAAAGGAAUCUAUACAUAUUAUAUCUAUACACUCCAUCUAUAUACUACAACUAUAAACUCCUUCUAUAUAC